UUGUCUAGCUGGCAGAAGGCUUAUUUUAUCGCCCAGUGCACCCAGUAAUUGGUCACUCCUUGAAAGAAGUGCCAGUUAUAGGCAGCUUAAUGGAGGGUAUAUGUAUAUUUAUAUACAAUGUUGAUUUUCGCGUCUUUAUAAGCGAGUUCAAGUUGUGUGGAUGUUCCUGAAACCAGCAUAGUGAUACAAGCAAGAGGCGUCACUCUAUGUACACAGGGCAAAAAAACCAGAUUAACAGCAAGCUAUGUAAACGUGUGAAGGUUAUUCUGAACAGAAAGUGCCCUUUCGACUGUUAACAAGAAUGCCACAGCCGAAAAUCAAGCUGGUGGUGACUGGAGAUGAUUUUGGAUACUGUCCCAGGCGGAACCGGGGGAUAGUGGACUGCUUCCUGGCUGGGGCGAUUUCCAACGUGUCGCUGUUGGUCAACUCCAGCUCGGCUAAAGAUGCGGCAGAGUUGGCGAUCAGACACUGCAUUCCCAUUGGCCUUCACGCCAACCUGUCCGAGGGCGUCCCCGUUUGCCAGAAGCUCAGGCGGGACUCCACACUUGUCAAUGAUAAUGGGUUCUUCCAUGGUAAGAUGGGUUUCCGGAAAGUUCUACAGAAAGGCCUCCUGAGCAUGGCUGAGGUGGAGUUGGAGCUGCAGGCCCAGGUGAAGUUGUUCUGUGAUUUGUUGGGGCAUCUGCCCUCCCAUAUGGAUGGUCACCAGCAUGUCCACGUGCUGCCAGCAGAGGUGAGGGAUGUGUUUGCCAGGGUGCUGUCGGAAUACGGCAUUCCUUUCACUCGUGUCCCGGUGGAGCCCAGCCUCCAGUCCUGCUCCUGGCUCCCGCUGCCCUUGCACGAGUUCUACACGCAGGUGGAGAAGGACGCAUGGGACUCGUCCACAGUCUUCCGUGCACAUGGGAUCAGGUGGCCUGAUGUUUACUUGGGCUUGACUACAAUGGGGGAGAACAUGUCUGUCAGCAGCAUCAAGAGGGCCAUCGGAAAGGCCCUGGCAGCCUGGCAGCCCAAGAGCCCCCUUGCUGUACCCCAGUGUGACACAGUGCGAGGGACACAGGGCCCUGUCACAGUGGAGCUGAUGGUGCAUCCCGGCUACCCCAGUGACCCCCAACAAGGGGGUUGCGGCCAGGGCCCAGACAGCUUCUCACAGUCUGCAGAGCGGCAGCACGAGCUGGAGACCCUCAUGGACCCCCAGCUGCUUGCAUUCUACAAGCAGGAGCAAAUCCAGCUAUGUGCAUUUAAGGACCUCUAAACCAAUUCUCUUCCAGGGCCAACUGCAAAACAAGCCUUAAAUGUUUCUUCUUAGAUGGGAUUUAUCUUUCUCUACCCUUAAGAAAGGAUUUGAUUACAUGGUUAUGAAGAUGUUUUAAACUUUAAACCCCAGAUUCACAGCUUUCUACAUUUAUAGGUUAUAUAAAAUUAAGUUGGCUUAAAAUGGAGAAAUACAGCUGUUAUGAAAUAUUUCUAAGAAUUGGCUGUAUUUUUCAGCAUAUAGUGUAUAUAUAGUAACUUAGGAAAUGUAAAUGCCACAGUUUUAAAGAGACUAUUUUUAAUGUAUUUAUGAAGUGCUGAAGUUUUAAAUUCCACAAUCAUGACUGACAACUGAACUUUUAAAAUAGAUUAAUUGAUGCUAUAUUUGCUAUCACUACUAAUGCUCCAAUGGAGGAAAUUGACUUCAACUGAACUCAUAAAUGGAAGAGAUGAGAGAUUCUGAUAAUCAGCUGUUAAUGACUUGCAUUAAAAUACUGUCAGAUUGAACAUUU